UGGGCGCGCCCGCAACUUCGAUUGAUACGUUCUGUAGCUGCCAUUUUAUCGCCGACCAGCGUUUUGCACCACUUGCACAUUUUUCUUGGCUAUUUCCGCUUGGUGCAAUUUUUGCUCUUAGUGUUGCCUCCGCAUGGCUUCUAAUUUGCCAUCGCUUCUUCUGUCCUCGCUACCAACAAUCCGAUUGCCAUGGCUGACGAUGCCUCGAAGCCAAUCAAACUGCCGUUUGCGCCAACCGCGCUCGGCAAGCUUCCCUUCAAACCUCGCCGAGACUUAGUGCGCAGUCUCUCAGGCGCAGAGCCUCUUCGAACAGAAAGCAAGUCAACUGAUCCCGCUUCGUCCAACAGAAAUGCCGAUGAUGCAGACCAAGACCUCGACCUAUUCAAGCGCGGGCGCGAGAUGAAGUCCAAAUUGGCUGCUGAUAGAGAGCGCGAAGCUCGAAAGAGACAAAAGAGGCUACAGGAGGAAGAAGAACGGCAACUUGAGCAGCAGCUCUCAGAAAGAACUCGCGAAGCCACAAGCAGCAAGCCUGCUCCCGCUCCUCUCGCGCAAGUAACCAGCAUCGAUUCCGACGAGGAUGCAUUCUCAAGCCCCGGAAAAACGCCGCCCUCAAAACGAUCUCGUCUAUCAACCCCGCCAACGCGCGAAACUCGCAGCAGUCGCAGCACACGAUCUCGACGCAUCCUCUCCCCGCCCGCUCUACAGUCCCCGACGCCUGUGCACAUUCCUGUCUCAUCCAGCACAAUCACCAUUGAAGAUUCGGACUCUGAAUCUGAUGUGAAGCCCAUACAACGACCAGCUCCGCCGCGGCGCUCUUCCACACCCGACUUUUCUCUUGCGGCUAACGAUGUUGACGACGACAUGGCCGAAUACGUCCGCCGGGCACGCCUCGCUAAAGAGGCUGCGGCCAAGGACAAUACGGCCAGCGACUUCGCCAGCGACGCAUUCUCAUCACCUGCGCCGCAGCGCAAAGCCGCUGUCGAGAUCGUUCUUACGUCCAGUAUACCGGGCACACGUUCGUCUGGCGCCAAAGUUCCCUUUGACAAGCCGCUUCGCAUUGUCCGUGACAGCUGGGCGGCCUUACAGCGUAAAUACGGAUGUCCGCUUCCGAGCGGCCUAAGCGGCGAUGAUGUGAUACUGACGUGGCGGCGCAAGAAGGUAUACAUGUCGUCAUCGUUGCAGAGUUUACACAUCCGGCCGCUCCCCGAUGGGCGGGUGGGUGCUGCCGGAUCCAACUCUAGUGACGGAUUCAACGAGACUAGAACAAGGGUUCAUAUGGAGCUAUGGGCUCCUGAAGACUUUGCACAGUGGGAGCGCGAGGAGAAAGCACGCCGGCUCCGCUUGGAGGAUGGCGACAUGGAUGACGAGGACGAUGGAACCAAUAAGGCAGAGGAACAAGAGCAGUCUAAGCUGCGUCUUAUUCUUAAGCCGCGGGACUUAGAGCCAUUCAAGGUGGCAGCGCAUGCAGAGACGACAAUUGGCGAGCUGCUGCUCGCUUUCCGCAAAGCGCGCAAUCUGGACGAUGAUACAGACAUAGCCUUAUAUUUUGACGGAGAAAAGUUGGAGGAGGGUGACACUGUGCAAGAUGCGGAUAUUGAUGACAUGGACACGCUAGAGGUGCACAUAAAAUCUGCCUAAACGCAGCGGUGUGUUGGGAACUUUGGCAUAGCAUAGCACGGCGUAGGAAUUGAGAUUUACUUUGAAUAGCGCAAGUACCUGUCAGACAUCACAUAGAGG